AUGACUGUCCUCCGCCUGUUGGCGCUGGCUGCGGCCGUCUCGGCCUUGGAACAACACUUGGAGGAGGACAACGAGUGCGCAUCGGAGCAGUGUGCUUUGGAAGCGCUGCAGCGACGCGCUGCGAGGCAAAGGCAAAUCCCCGGCUUCGACGCGGGGGUCGGAGAGCUGCCAUCGGAGGACGACAUCAUGAAUACGGUGCCAGAUCAUGAGGAGGCAGAUGAGGAUGAUGAGGCAGAGGAGCAUGAGGAUGAGGCUUCGGAUGCUGACGAGCAGGAUCAGCAUGCAGAGGAGCCCAACACGCCCCAUGACGGCCCGACCAUGGCACCGUUGCCUUCGAGGCCGCCAUUGCCACGCCCAGAGACGGUUCGGACCGUGAAUCCCAUCAUUGUUCGCGGGAACUUCCUGUACGAUUCCGUUACUGGCGACAGAUUCUUCGCCAAGGGAGUCGCCUACAAUCCCCGCAACGAGAAGUAUGAUCAUAGCUUCGGACCCAGCGUCGUGGUGGAUGGAUGGGUGGACAAGUGCGUGCCCGGCCAUCCGGUGGGCGGAGAGUGGACAUACACCGAGGAUGUCAUUUCUGAUAAGCACGAGAAAAUGUGGAGCGUCGACUUGCAGGCGAUUGCCGACAUGGGCGCCAACACGGUGCGGCUCUACAACGUUGACCCUCAGAAUAGUCACAAGAAGUUCAUGGAGAAGGCACACUCCCUGGGACUCUACGUCAUCGUGCCGUUGAAUGGGAAGGACUGGGGCUUUUUGCCCGCUUUCCCCUCGCCGGACUGCUACACGCAGGAGAUUGACGGCUAUGGCAACGUGGGUGUGAACGCGCUCAGCUUUGCCAAGCAGAUCGUCAAGGAGUUCAGCCAGUAUAACAACACCCUGCUCCUGACUGUGGCGAAUGAGCUGGCGCAAAACGACAAGAACGGCUGGGCGGCCUUCCCCUGCGUGAAAGCGCUGACCCGAGACGUCCACCGAUAUCAGGCCUCCUGUGGCUCCACGAUGCGACGGGUGCCGCUGAUUUACUCGGACGUCGACAUGGGAGCAGGUGACCGGGGCCAGGUUGCGGCAUACCUGACCUGCGCCAUGGACAGCGAGGACGAUGCCGUGGACGUCUACGGCCUGAAUGUCUACUCCUGGUGUGAUGAGAAAUAUCCUGGCGCUGGGAAAGAGGACAACUUUCAGUACUCACCGUACUACGAGAUCAAGAAGGAUUUCAAGGAUACCUCGGUGCCAUUCCUCUUCACCGAGUUUGGCUGCAACCUGGGACAGUUUGCGACAAAGUGCCCGUAUCCAGAUGGCCGUCAGUGGCCAGAAGUGAAGCACCUCAUGGGCCACGACAUGGGGGAGAUGAUGAGUGGUGCCAUUGCUUUCCAGUGGUCUAUGGACAAGGAGGAGUACGGCCUGACUCUCUCUCCAAACUUCCUGCAGGGUCAACCGGAGCUGUACCUGCUGGACAACUACUAUAACUUGAAAAAGGCGCUGGGUCUUCGAAGCAAGCGAUGA